GCAGUACAUUCCGUGAUUAGACAAACGCACACGCAGUGGCUGCUUUAGCUACAUGCGCCGUUCGUGUGGAAAGAAAAGAACACUUUCCCGAGAGGAUCGACGAUUUAACAAGGGAGCAGUUGAACAACUGCUGCGGUGUAAAGGCUGGUGACAGAAUCCUUUAAGCAGAGGUGAAGCCGGACGCUGUUUGGGAGAUGGAUCCAAUCCCGGCGGUGUCUAUUUUGAUUUUGGGAAUCGUUGUCCCUGGUCUGGCUGGAUAUAUGGAGGCGUUGGCAGCUAAUCAAGGGACUGGCUUUGCAGUGGCAGAGCCUCAGGUGGCCAUGUAUUGUGGGAAACUCAACAUGCAUGUCAACAUCCAGACAGGCCAAUGGGAGCCAGACCCUUCUGGAAGAAAGAGCUGCAUUAGAAAGAAGGAGGGUGUGCUGGAAUACUGCCAAGAGAUGUACCCUAAACUGGAAAUCACAAAUGUUCUGGAAGCCAACCAACCAGUCAAAAUUGAGAACUGGUGCAAGAAAGGAACGAAAACAUGCAAGCCUCAAGCCCACACUGUGGUCCCAUACAAAUGCUUGGUUGGAGAUUUUGUCAGCGAUGUGCUACUUGUCCCAGCAAAGUGUCAUUUCUUCCAUAAGGAGCGCAUGGACAAGUGUCUCAGUCAUCAGCAGUGGCAAGAAGAAGCAAAGGAGGCUUGCUUAAAGGCGAACAUGGUGCUGCACAGCUACGGCAUGCUGCUACCCUGUGGUGUCGAUAAAUUCCAUGGCACUGAACAUGUUUGUUGCCUGUCUGCUCCUGCUCAGGAGCCAACUCCAACUGUCAUCGUGUCUCAGGACGAUGAUGCCGAUGAUUAUGGCAAUGAAGUUCAGGUUGAGGAUGUGGUAGUAGAGGAGGGUGAGCCAGAAAUGGAUGAACAGCCAACCCAGAAGGAAGCUGAGUUGUUUGAUUAUGAGGGAGAAGAUGACAAUGACCAGUACCACUAUGUGUAUGAAGAUGAAGAUGAAGACAAAGAGAGUGAAGAGAAAGAAAGGAAGAAGGAGAAGGCCACUAUUGAGAGCCAGGACAAUGACAUGUCUCUCCAGGAGAUUAAAGCUGUGUGCUCCCUGGAGGCAGAAACUGGACCAUGCCGUGCCUCCAUGCCCCGCUGGCGAUUUGAUAUUCACCUUGGGAAGUGCGUGCGCUUCAUCUAUGGAGGCUGUGCUGGGAAUCGCAACAACUUUGAGUCUGAGGAGGACUGUAUGGCUGUGUGCAAAAGCCUGACUCUGCCCUCCACUCCACAGCCUAUGGAUGAUGUGGAUGUGUACUUUGAAACUCCAGCCGAUGAUCAGGAGCACAGCCGCUUCCAGAAGGCCAAGGAGCAGCUUGAGAUUAGACACCGCAACCGCAUGGAGAGGGUGAGGAAGGAAUGGGAAGAAGCUGAACAUCAGGCCAAGAAUCUGCCAAAGGUAGAUAGACAGACCUUGAUCCAGCAUUUCCAGGCUAUGGUGGAGUCCCUAGAAGAAGAGGCAGCCAGCGAGAAGCAGCAGCUGGUGGAAACUCACUUGGCUCGGGUUGAGGCCAUGCUAAAUGACCGGCGUCGUUUUGCUCUAGAGAACUACCUUGCUGCUCUGCAAGCUGAUCCACCCAGGCCAUACCGUGUACUCCAGGCUCUUAGGAGGUAUGUUCGUGCAGAGAAUAAGGACCGACAGCACACGAUUCGUCACUAUCAGCACGUGCUUUCCGUUGACCCUGAGAAGGCAACCCAGAUGAAGUCCCAGGUGGUGACCCACCUGCGUGUGAUUGAGGAGAGGAUGAAUCAGAGUCUGUCUCUGCUCUAUAAGGUGCCCUAUGUUGCAGACGAGAUCCAGGAUGAGAUUGAUGAUCUUCAGGAGCAGAAGGCAGAUAUAGAUCUAUUCCUUUCCGCAGAGUCACAACCUGAUGUCACCGUCUCUUCUGAGGAAAGUGUGGAGGUCCCGUCUUUCAAGGGCAAACCCUUUCGCCCUUUCCAGGUCAACACCCUGGGCUCACAGUCUGAACCUGAAGGCUCUGGAAUGAUAAAUGGUCUGGAUGGUUUGAUUGGAGCGGAGGAGAGAGUUAUCAACAGCAACAACAAGAUUGGUGACAAUGAGGUGAUUGAUGAUUCAUUGGGUGUUAAGGAAGUGGUUUACAGUACUAAGAAAGUCAGCAUUUUGAAUGUUGAACCUCUGUUUAGUCACAAAGGGAACCAUGAGAUAUUUCGCCCCCUAGAAGAUUUUAACUUUCAGAUUGGUACUCUGGUUUACUUUCUGGUGAUUACAGUUGCUAUAGCUACUGUGAUUGUGAUCGGUCUGGUCCGUCUAAGAAAGAUGCAGUAUGGCACCAUCAGCCAUGGAAUUGUGGAGGUUGAUCCUAUGUUGAGUCCUGAGGAGCGUCACCUGUGCAAGAUGCAGAACCAUGGCUAUGAAAACCCCACCUACAAAUACCUGGAGCAUGGUGAACAUACUACUGACCAAUAAUAUAAUUGUGCUCUUAGAAUCAGAAUUGCAUAUUGAAUUCAUUAAGAUUCAAAAUCAAGUUAUUUAACACUGCUACUAGUUCCAUUAUUGCAACUGCUGUAUCAUGGAGCACUGUUUAUAAUCAUAAACUGAAUCUUUUAAAUGGUAAUGUAUUGAAUUUUUAAAUCUAAUUAGGAAUCCUCUGAUAAAUCUGAUUAUGAAAACCUUUUGGUUUUUCCUUUCAGUAGCUUGCUUGUACAUGCAGGUUAUUUGUACCAACUUAAAUGUAUAGUAAUUCAAGACAAGAAAAUGAGUGAGUUUAUUUCUUUUAUUUUAUGUACUUUAUUAUUAUAACGAUAUUAAAGAUAGUAUAAAGCAGGUGUUCCAUUUCUUCAUCGUUAUUUUCUGAAUGUUGUCAUUUAAGGACAGGUUUGGUUAGUUAAAAUGUCUGUUGCUGCCGCCUGUACAACUUGUCAUAAGCCUGUUGAACGUUUGCGUGGAUUGAGUGAUGAGAGGGUCAGCAGCCCAGGCAUGCUUGCUUUGUAUCAAGGGAAAAAGAAUUGUUUCAGAACGCGUAUGUUAGUCACUACAUUUGGUCAAAAUUGUAUACAUUUAAGACUGUGGGUGUUGAUUAUAUUAAGGAAGAGUGGAUUAUGGUUAAAAGCAUACAGUAAUUUUAAUGUAAUUUAUCAUACAUGCACACGCAUGUGAUACUUCAAACAUUCUAACUGACUAUUUGAAAAAUUGACUAGUGCUCAACUCACUACAAUUAGGCACUCAAGAACAUGUAGCGAUUGCAUCCAUAAUGUUUUUUCACAAAAGAUCAGGCAGUUUUUGAAACUAGUAAGAUGCUGGUCGCUGAUUGCAAAAAAAAAAAGUGUGAUGAGACCUAGGAGCUGGAGACCUCCAUGCAACAUUUGGAUCUUUCUUAAAUCUGGUGAAAUUCUACAAAAAAGAUGUUUUAACAUUUUGCUUUUUUUAUUUAUCACUAUUUUUAAAGUUCAUAAUUGUUUGUUUCUUUCUUCUUCCUGUGGCUGUCACUAUGCACCCAAAUGGCUUUCUUGAACCCUGUAUUUGCCUGCUUGAUUGUGGGAAGGGUAAGGGGACAUUUAAUAUAAGAUGGAUAUAUUGGUGGAAAUGUAUUUGAUUCCUUUGAAAACAACUUUGUGGUUACAGGCAGGAAACAUCAAUAAAGUCAUUUCCAUAGUAA